CAAGGAAAGACAGACUCGCCCUGUCUCCCUCCUCCCCUUCUCUGGCCUAAGUUCACGCUGACUUCACCCAACAGGCACCUGACCCUCCUAGAUGAACUGGGAGGGGCCGAGGCGUCAUCCACAUGGGGUGGAGGUGCAGGCGGCGAACUGUAUUUAAGAUGCUGAGUUGUAGAGCAUUCAGGCUUGGGAAGGACAGCUAUAGGAUGCCCAAUUAAGCCACGUUUUCAGAAACUCAAGCUUUGACAAAGGCUAAGAAAGAGUAAGGAAAGAGAAAACAGAGUGGUGAGCCCAUCAACAGCGAGGGUACAAGGUUGUAAUUAUUGCAGCUUUGCAGCUCAGCCGGGCACAUCCAGAUUCCUCUCCAGGAAGAGCCUUCCUCACCGGGCCCACAAAAGAUGCUGACAAAGACCCUUUCAGCUGUGCCCUGGCUUUGCAUUUUCAUCCUGGCCUUUGUCAGUCAUCCAGUGUGGCCACAGACGCCCACUAAGCGCAAGACACCUGCACAGCUCAAAGGGGCCGCCUGCUGUGAAGAGGUGAAGGAGCUCAAGGCCCAGGUUGCCAACCUCAGCAGCCUGCUGAGCGAGCUGAGCCAGAAGCAGGAGAAGGACUGGGUCAGCGUGGUCAUGCAGGUGAUGCAGCUGGAGAGCAGCGCCAAGCGCAUGGAGGCGCGGCUCGCCGAGGCCGAGGGCAAGUACUCCGAGAUGAACAACCAGAUCGACAUCAUGCAGCUGCAAGCUGCGCAGACGCUCACGCAGACCUCGGCAGAUGCCAUCUACGACUGCUCGUCGCUCUACCAGAAGAACUACCGCAUCUCUGGGGUGUACAAGCUUCCUCCCGACGACUUCCUGGGCAGCCCUGAGCUGGAGGUGUUCUGUGACAUGGAGACGGUAGGCGGUGGCUGGACCGUCAUUCAGAGACGGAAGAGCGGCCUCGUCUCCUUCUACCAGGACUGGCGGCAGUACAAGCAGGGCUUCGGCAGCAUCCGCGGGGACUUCUGGCUGGGGAACGAGCACAUCCACCGGCUGUCCCGGCGGCCAACCCGGCUGCGCGUGGAGAUGGAGGACUGGGAGGGCCACUUGCGCUACGCCGAGUACAGCCACUUUGUUCUGGGCAACGAGCGGAACAGCUACCGCCUCUUCCUGGGGAACUACAGCGGCAGCGUGGGGAACGACGCCCUCAUCUACCACAACAACACAGCCUUCAGCACCAAGGACAAGGACAAUGACAACUGCCUGGACAAGUGCGCGCAGCUCCGGAAAGGUGGGUACUGGUACAACUGCUGCACGGACUCCAACCUCAACGGCGUCUUCUACCGCCUGGGGGAGCACAACAAGCACCUGGACGGCAUCACCUGGUACGGCUGGCACGGCUCCGCCUACUCGCUCAAGCGGGUGGAGAUGAAGAUCCGCCCGGAGGACUUCCAGCCCUGAAGGGCAGCCCGCUGGAGCGGGGUGGAGACACGGAGACAACGGAGGCUGGGCGGGGGGGUGGGAAGGGAGUGGAGGAAAAAGUGCCCAUUGUCCCCAGCGGGAGAGUGAGUCUCUGAGGAGCACGAGAAACGUAUACGCAGCCAGGGUGUCCCAGUGAACGGGAUGCAGGACCGGGGACAAUGGGUCCUGACACGGAAUUCUCGGGGGCUAGCUCUCUGCCUCGACCCCUGACACAGCACAGCUUCUCUCUUUCCCACAUAAUUUUCCUAUGAAAAAACUAGUUGUGAGACGACUUUAUCCACCUUCUAUCAGGCCUAGGUUAGGUGAGGGCAGAAAACAAGCCCCUCUGCUGGACAGCACCAUGCAUUUUGAUUCCCAAGGAGAGGCCCCGGGCGUCGGGAGAGCAGUGAAGGGGGGUAGUGGAAGAGAGGUUUCUGUUUUUAAAUACAACGAAAUUACCUUCAGUCUGCACAUUUA